AUGUGGAUUCCUGUUACUGUCCGAGUAGAAGAUCAUGUUAUUGUUCCGGAUCUUGACUAUGGCAACAUUGAAAAUCCUGAUCAGUUCUUAGAAGACUAUACUUCAAGCGUCGCUAAUACACCAAUGGACAUGUCCAAACCUCUUUGGGAAUUUCAUUUGCUUAACAUAAAGAGAUCAAAUGCAGAAUCUGUAGUUCUAGCUAGAAUCCAUCACUCAAUUGGUGAUGGAAUGUCUCUUAUGUCCCUUUUAGUUGCUUGUUCACGAAAAACAUCGGACCCUGAUGCGCUAGUUUCUGCUACUACUACGGCUUCAACAAAACCUGUUGACUACAUGGCUUUGACUUGGUGGUUAAUUGCUGGAUUUUGGUUUAUGAUAAGAGUCACCUUUACCACUCUUAUUGAAUUUUCCAAGUUAAUGCUUACAAUAUGUUUCGUGCGGGAUACCAAAACUCCUCUUAUGGGUAACCCCGAAGAUGGAAUCAAAUCUUGGAAGGUUAUCCAUCGGGUAAUAAGUUUUGAUGAUGUCAAGUUAGUGAAGAACGCAAUGAACGUGAAGGUCAAUGAUGUUCUUCUUGGAAUGACACAAGCAGAUGGACAUACAAAGGCCCAGAAGAAACAAAUCUUAGACAAAAUUCGUGUUCGUGGAGCUGUAGCUAUAAACCUAAGACCAGCAACGAAUAUAGAGGAGUUGGCUGAUAUGAUGGCGAAGGGUUCAAAGUGUAGAUGGGGAAAUUUCAUAGGAACUAUUAUAUUUCCUAUAUGGAUCAAAUCAGAGAAUGAUCCGUUGGAGUAUGUUCGACGAGCCAAAGCCACUAUGGAUAGGAAGAAAAUCUCUUUGGAGGCAUUCAUUUUCUAUGGAAUCAUUAAAUUCACCUUGAAAUUUUUUGGGGGCAAGGCGCUCAAUCUCCAUUUUAUAAGCUACGUAAACAAGAUUAUCAUCAAUCUAGCUGUGGAUACAACAACAAUUCCAGAUCCUCAUCAACUAUGUGACGAUAUGGUUGAAUCGCUCAAGAUGAUCAAAUAUGCUGCAAUGGAGAGAAAAUCACGUAAGAUGGAAGUAUGA